AAACACAGCUUAAGUUGAAAGAUGGCUGAUGUUAAGUUGAUUGGUUUAUGGUAUAGUCCUUUUAGUAGAAGAGUUGAAUGGGCUCUAAAGAUUAAGGGUGUGGAAUAUGAAUAUAUAGAAGAUGAUCUACAUAAUAAAAGCCUUUUACUUCUUCAAUCUAAUCCAAUUCACAAGGCAGUUCCUGUGCUCAUUCACAAUGGCAAGCCCCUUUGUGAAUCAAGUGUCAUUCUCGAAUACAUCGACGAGACAUUUGAAGGCCCUUCCAUCUUGCCUAAAGAACCUUACGAUCGAUCUUUAGCUCGUUUCUGGGCUAAAUUCUUCGAUGAUAAGGGGCUAGCAAUAAGGAAAAGUAUAUUUUUCAAAGGAGAGGAGCAAGAGAAAGCUAAAGAGGAAGUUUAUGAUAUGUUGAAAGUUCUUGAUAAUGAGCUGAAAAACAAGAAGAUUUUUGUUGGUGAAAAAUUUGGAUUUGUUGAUAUUGUUGCAAAUGCUGCAGCCCUUUGGCUAGGAGUUCUUGAAGAAGCAUCUGGAGUUGUUUUGGUGACAAGAGAAAAAUAUCCAAAUUUUUGUGAUUGGAGAGACGAAUAUUGUACGCAAAACAAGAAAUAUUUACCUCCUAGAGAUGAAUUGCUUGCCCAUUAUCAAGUUUACAUUCAACGUGUUACUACUUCAAAAUGAGUACAUGACCUUUAAGCUUA